AGAAUAAAGUGCAAGUCCUCACAACAGAAAGCCCCCCCUGUGGACUUUUUGCUUUCAGUGGCUUCGAGGGCAGCACAUGCAGAGGAAUCACCCCACACUUCUGUGAAAAGGGACUGAAUUUACAAGAUGCUCCAUUCAGAAGGCACAGCUGUGUUUUUAGUCAUUUUUGUUCAUCUACUUGCCGCUGAAAAUUCCUGUCCUGAUCUGAAAGUAUUUGGUCUCAACGAUAAGGACAAAGUUGCCAUCUUGCAAGGCUGUCCUGGUCAUCCUGGAGUCCAAGGAAGUAAAGGAGAGCCAGGUGCCCCCGGGAUCCCAGGUGUAAAAGGAGACCAUGGACCAAUUGGAAAGGCUGGACCUCAAGGUGCUAAAGGAGAGCCAGGAGUUGCAGGACCAGCAGGACCCCAAGGACUAAAAGGAGAAAAAGGUGAUUCGGGUGGUCAGCCGCUGACAGGAGCGCAGGACUGCAAGCAGCUGCUGGACCUCGGGAACACGCUGAGCGGCUGGUACACCCUGCACCCGCAGAACGGGAAGCCACUUAGUGUCUUCUGUGACAUGGACACCGAUGGAGGAGGCUGGAUCGUGUUUCAGAGACGAAUGGAUGGCUCGGUGGACUUCUUCCGUAGCUGGAUCGAAUAUAAAAGGGGCUUCGGCAACAGGCUUUCUGAGUUCUGGCUGGGCAAUGACAACCUCCACACCUUGACCUCAACAGGUUCAUUUGAACUCCGAGUGGAUUUCCAGGAUUUUGAACAUGCUGCAACUUUUGCCAAAUUCAACGAAUUUCAAAUCCUUGGCGAGGAGGAAAAGUAUCGACUAACUGUGGGUGGCUUUACGGGCGGUUCUGCAGGCGACUCCUUCACUGCCCACAACAACCUGGUGUUCUCCACCAAGGACCAGGAUAACGACAAGUGCGCCUGCAACUGCUCCGAAGUGUACAAAGGCGGCUGGUGGUACGGAGAAUGUCACAGCUGCAAUCUGAACGGCCUCUACCUGCGAGGGCAACACGAGAGCUACGCCAAUGGAGUCAACUGGCAUUCGGGCAAAGGGCAUCACUAUUCGUACAAAAGCAGCGAAAUGAAAUUUAGGCCGCGGUAAGGUGGACUUGUCCAUACGCUUUCUAAAAAAAGACCCAACACGUGACAUACGGGGGGGGGGGGGGGGGGGGGACUUGAAGUGACUCGACAAAGAUGUCCGCUGCCCCCCACUCUGGGCUCUUUACCCCCUUAGGACCCCACACCUGCUGUUGCUUGUACAUGCUUAUGGUCCAAAUGAGAGGACCACUCAAUCCUGUCCCUGGGCUUCAUUACGUUUUGUAUGCCACGCGACUGAUUCCACCCAAUACUUCAUGUUCUAUUAAAUAAACAUGGCGGUCGACGGCGUUUAUAAAUGAA